GCUUGUACGCCAUCUGUAGCCCAUUUUGAUGACCAAAAGUAAAGAAUUUUAGCACCGCCCCUAAUAUCGGUAUUUACUUAGUUCGUUUUGGCAACAAUCUAUUGCAUUCAUGUUGUUUUGAUCGUCGGUUGAACUAAUUUUCUGGAAGAAAGAUGGGUCGUGUGCGAACAAAGACCGUAAAAAAGGCCUCUCGGGUCAUCAUUGAAAAAUAUUAUACUCGCCUGACGGUUGAUUUUCACACAAACAAAAGGAUUUGCGAUGAAAUUGCCAUCAUUCCUAGCAAGAAGCUACGAAACAAAAUCGCAGGGUUUGUCACUCAUUUAAUGAAACGUAUCCAAAGAGGACCCGUUAGAGGUAUUUCUAUCAAACUGCAAGAAGAAGAAAGAGAGAGGAGAGAUAAUUAUGUGCCUGAGGUAUCUGCCAUUGACAUGGACGUGAUUGAAGUUGAUCCAGAUACUGAUGAAAUGUUGAAACAAAUGGAUGUUGGUAAAAUUCCAGGUUUACAAGUAGCAAUGCCAUUUGCUGGAGGACCUAGAGUAUAAAAUAAAAGAAAAAAAAUUGAA